UAAGUGCUUAUAUAGUGGUUUGUGCUUACCGCUUACUGCAUACUGUUUUUUGCUUUUGACGACAGCAGUGAGCAGACAGAUUGACAUAUUCACUACCUGUUUAAAUAUUGAGUACUUAAGUCUUAAUAAUAUGACUUUUAAGUUAUGGUCUUCAGUCUCGAUUAUUUUAGUAAAUAACUAUAUAACAUAACUUUUAUUUCUUAGUUCAUGUUUUUACUCAUAAAUAAUAGUUUUCAGUUGUAUUUUUUUGUGAUUUCCAUAUUCAUAAUAAAAUAAUGGUUAUCUGCUUAAUGUUAGCUUAAAUAAAAAUUGUUUAAACAUUUGCUAUUGAUUUUAGCAUUCAGUUGAUACAAAUCAUCAUAAAUAUACAUUAAACAAUUUUUUUAAACAUUAUGAUUUUAAAGAAGAUUUCUGUUUGUUGUCAUACACUUGUACGUUUUUGUCAUUCAAAUGUUAAAUGGAAAGAGACAGUAUUUUCUGGUAUUCAACCAACAGGAACCCUACAUUUAGGUAAUUACUUUGGUGCUGUGUCCAAGUGGGCUCAGCUACAAAAUGAAAAUAAAGAAGUCAUAUUCAGUAUUGUUGACAUGCACUCUAUUACUUUGCCAUAUAAUACUAAGGAAUUGGAAAAAAAUGUUUUCCUUAUGACAGCUAGUCUAAUUGCGUGUGGUAUCAAUCCUGAAAAAAGUACUCUAUUUUUGCAAUCUCAGGUACCUGAACAUACACAAUUAAGUUGGGUGCUUGGAUGCUUGACUACUAUGCCUAGAUUGGGUCAGUUGCCUCAAUUUAAAGAAAAGUCUUCAACUUUGAAAGAUGUUCCUCUCGGUUUGUACUUAUAUCCAGUUUUACAAGCUGCUGACAUACUUUUAUAUAAAGCAACUAAAGUACCGGUUGGCGAAGAUCAAAUUCAACACUUGCAGUUGGCUCAUAAUUUAGCUCGUACAUUUAAUAAACGCUUUGGUGAAACAUUUCCUGUACCUGAAGUCCUUAUUCAAAAAGAUUGUUCUUCGAGGAUCAGAAAUCUUCGUGACCCUAUGAAAAAAAUGUCUAAGUCUCAUCCAGAUCCUCGUGGAAGAAUAGAAAUUACGGAUGAACCAGAUGUCAUUGUAGAAAAAGUGAAAAAAGCUGUUACAGAUUGUAAAUCUGAAAUAACAUACGACCCUGAAAAUAGACCUGGUGUUUCAACGCUUCUAACUAUGCAUUCACUUAUUUGUGGAUUAUUACCAGAAGAUAUUUGUGAAGAAAAUUCGCUCUUGGACACUGGGCGGUAUAAAUCUAUAGUAGCAGAAGCAUUAGUGGAAAAAUUCGCCCCUAUUCGUCAAGAGAUUUUAAAAUUAAUAGAUGCACCUGAAUAUUUGAGUAAAGUUCUACAAGAAGGACAACAGAAAGCAAAUUUAAUUGCUUUAGAUACAUGGCAAGAAGUAGCUUCAAAAAUUGGUACAAUACCAAGUACAAUAAGAUAAAAGAUUCAUAAAUCAAAAAAAUAAUUUAAUACUAUAGAAUUGUUUUUAACAUUAAAGAAUUUAAAUUUUUAUUUUAA